AUGUCAUAUUUACCGACUUACACUAAUGACUUGCAAGCUGGCCAGCAAGGCCGUAGGCAGCGUAGUAAUGGUAAUGAGAAUGUUGAAGGGCAAGGUUAUGGUCGACAAUCUGUACCGAUGGUAAUCAAGAGGCUCUUUAAAACACCAAAGAAUCUGGAUCUCGAGACUGCCAGCUGGGAAAUGUUCCAUUUGAUUUUCCAUCCAAGAAAGGCUUAUAGAUCAAUAUAUUAUCAGCGACAGACGAAAAAUCAGUGGGCAAGAGAUGAUCCCUCUUUUUUCAUUUUUCAAAUAGCAUUAAUAUCAUUAAGCUCCAUUAUCUGGUCGAUUUAUAACUCAAGCUUUAAUAACGACAGUAAUAUGGGAUUUUUCGGCAUUAUAGGCCAUUUUUUCAAAAGUUUAGUAAAGAUGGUUAUUUUAGAUUUCUUCAUAUUUGGAUUUACAAUGGCAACGAUUUUUUACCUUUUGUUGAAUAGAUCACAUUUUAAAUUUAAAUCGAGCCAAAACACCAUAGUUGAAUGGGCUUACUGUUUUGAUGUUCAUUGUAAUUCAUUUUUAAUAAUCUUACUGUGCCUGUACUUCAUUCAGUUUUUAUUGUUACCCAUAAUCAAUCUACAGAAUUGGAUUUCUCUACUCAUUGGUAAUUCUUUAUAUUGCUUUGCCAUCGGUCAUUAUUUUAUUUUGACGUUUUACGGUUAUAACCAGCUUCCCUUCUUAAAAAAUUUGAACUUUAUACUUUUACCAACAUUAGGACUGUCAAUAAUUUACCUAAUUAGUUUAUUUGGCAUCGACUUAUCCAAAAAAUUGAGUUUCUAUAAUUACUAA